AAUCAAUCACAACACUCGAUACCACCAUUUCGAAACAAUUAAAAGUUUCUUCCAUUAGCGGUCUCCGAGAAUUCUAAACGAUAUCUAAAGAUGAAGUACCUCUUCGUUGUUGCCCUUAUUGCCUUGGCCAUUCAGUGUGCCUACUGCGCAACCGGAACAACUACAACUACAACAACUACAACAACCGCUGCCUCGACCACAACAACAACCACAGAUGCAACAACCACUACAACAGCCUCUUCCACCCACAAGAAGCGUUGUUGGAAGGGCAACAACUGGUGCCACACCAGGAUUCCCAAUAAGAAGUGCAAGCACCCAAGAAGGUGCCACAAGACCGUCGUUAUUGUAACUCACAGGAAAAAUUAAUCGAAACCCUUGCAAAAUAAAAUAAAUAUUUCGAAAAAAAACUUAA